ACGCACGCCCUGACUCCCAGCCUUUAUCCUCGCCUCACAUCUCGUAAAUAUAUUUUCUUCCUUGUAGAAACAGUCAGAGCUGUGAGUCGCUCUCUGGUAACUUUCAGCACUUUGCAGAGGGUCUGUUUCAGCGAACGUAAUGGGGAAAAUAGAGUGGGCCAUGUGGGCCAAUGAGCAGGCUCUGGCUUCGGGACUAAUUCUCCUCACUGGAGGCAUUGUGGCGGUGGCUGGACAGUUCAGAGGCUGGCAGUUUGCUGCUUAUGCUAUAGCUGCUGGGGCGUUUGUGUGUCUUCUUGAGUAUCCCAGAAGCAAGCGGGCCAAAGGCACAAGUGUGGAGAGAACGGGACAAUACUGCUUCACUGUAUGUGUGAAAUCCUUUGGACCACUGACAAGAAACUACUAUGUCAGAGCAUUUUUACAUGCCGCACUCUGUGUACCUGGAGGUUUUGUGCUUGCUACUGUCCUCGGGUGUGUUUGCCUCGGCAUUGCCAGCCUCAUCUACCUUGCAGCAGCUAUCCGAGGUGAACACUGGGAGCCCAUUCUUCCAAGGAAGAAGGAGAUCCGGCAGCCAGGCGGAAGCGUGGCAAAUCCUCCUCAGAAUCCGCCGCCGAGACCUCCUCCCGAGAUGCGCAGAAAACGGGUGGACGACGUGGAGGGAGCAGCCUAUGACAACCCUAUCCCUGUUAGCGAUUAACUGUACCUCCUUACCCUGUCUGCCUGAGAUCUUGGUAUAAUUAAAUCCAACAAGUCCAGUCACAGUGGGAAAUCACCAGGUUCUAUGAUUCUGGACAAAUUAAUCGUUUUCUGAAGUUAAGUGAAGCGAGUGACCGGACUACAGGUUUGGCCCACUCCUUCUUACCUCAACCUGCAGAGAUAUACUUUAGAAACGGAGAAAAUGUUUCUUAGCAAGACAUGAGAAUUCAAAGGAGAAUGAAUAAAGUGAAUUUUACCUUUUUUUUUUUUUUUUUUUUUAUAAAACAAAUAAACAAGCCACAGAAGAUGUAAAUGCUAUAGCUGCUAAGUGGCAACCAAAUACAAAAGUCGUCAGAAUAUAGGGUAUUUUUACUGCUGUUAUAAAAAUGCAAACCAAUACCUGCUUUCUGUGCCAACCACUGUGUGUUUUGCGAUGCCAUGCAUAGAUCUUAAUAUGUAAUGUAUUAUUUGCUUUUACUCUGUAUGUGUUUAUGUAUUCCUUGAGGUCAACUGAUCACAAUACUGUAGGACUACAUGACACUGUGUUGUACAAUUAAAUUGACAUAUUGGCUUUUGGCUGAUAUUGGGCAUUUAUUAUUAUUUUGAGUCUGUACUUUGAUGUCUUGUAAAUAAAUUUCUCGUGUCCCCAGAAUUAUGAUCUGUCCUGGCUUUGUACUUUCAUGUCUUAUUUUACAAGUUUCUUUUGGAUGAUUAUUUUAAGUAAUGACAUUUGCAACUUCCCCCUUUCACAAACACACAGAAUUGCAAUACAUCGGAAUUUCCCCUGCACUUGUUCUCCCUCAUUGUUUGUCACAUUGCAGUUCUUUGUUGGAUUUUGAUGGAAACAAAAUGAUUUAUGUCCAGGGAAAUGUAUCAUAUAGUCUCCUGGUUAUAUUUUAUCUCUAGAGUUAUUAUUUGGCCUUACAAUAACUAACCUUGUGCUUUCUCACAGUUGUAACGCACAUGUCUGAUAUCCCUGUCUGCUAGCAUUUGACAGACAGUAAGGUGCCACUGUGACCAUUGUCCAACAAUCAGCAGAUGUUAACAGUGGUAAUUAACAUUUCUCAUUUGGUAGACAGAAAUGUGUAUUACCUGUUGUCCUGCCAAUGCAAUUGUAAAUAAAAUAAAUAAAUAAA